AGGAAAAUAUCAAAAGCCGCACCGUAAAUCUCAUCAACACAAAAUCAGGAAAACUGCAUCAAAAAGCAAUAAUUUAGUGUAUAGAAAUAGUGUACGUGCAUUGCAAAAGUUGAACAUUAUCGUGUGGAACUGCAGUUUAGCAUAAAAAUACUGCCACAGCGCGUUCCGGGCGUUGUUAAAUCGAUUGAACUUUUCCUUUCCACCACGUUCUCGUUCUGGUUCUCGCUCUCGUUCUCGGUCCGGGAUCUUGGCAACGUACCUGAAAAUCUACCGUAAAAUAAACAAGCAGGCAUAGGAAGGGAAAAGACAAAACCGUGAGCAGAAAAGAAGGCGGAAGGUUGCCGGCAUUUGAGAUUUCGUCAUCGACCGCGAGUGCGUGUAUAUGUGUCCCGUGGUCCGCUGCGUAAUUUAGGCCAAUCAAAGAUCAUCUGCCAAGGAAAUUAAGCUACGAGCGGCGACCAUGUCGACGAAGGGGGAGUUUAAUCUAUCGCGCGAUGAGUUUCGAAACAUCACCCGCUGCCUGGAGAACGAGGAGUUUCGCAGUCUCUUCAUCGAGUACUGCGAUGAGCUGAGGGACCCGGCGAACCGGAAGCGGUACGAGGAGGAGCUGACCGUGUUGGAGGCUGAGCGCGGGUACGACGUCAAGUUCCUGAAUCCGACACCGGGUUACGUAAUCAAAACGGUGGUCGACGGGACGCGCAAGGGCUUCAUCAAUGUGUGCCGCUGCGACCUGGUUAAGAAGCCAUCCAGCGUCGGGGGCACGAACGACGAGGGCCAGAAAGGGCUACGCUGGAGCAUCCCGUACGCGCAGAGUCAACCUCGGAAGGACUACGACAACCGGAAUGCCGAGUGUGUCGUGUACGACGUCAUGUUUCAUCCCGAUGCGCUGCAUCUGGCGUCAAAGAACGACGGAUUCCGGAAGCUGCUCAACAGUACGGCGCUCGAUGCGGUCGAGGGCUCGUUCGGCGUGAUGCUGGACCGUGCGAAUCUGCGCUUCCCAAAACUGCAGUACAAAGGCACCCCGAAGUGCACCGUCAUGCGGGAAAGAUCGGCCAAAGACGAUGCCACAAGCGAACGGAACGAAUUCGUCGAUAAGCUGCUCGCUUCCAUGCCACCGGUGCCCAAUGCCAAUGAAACCACCGAUUGUACAAAAGAUAAAGAAAAUAUCGAUAAACCAGUGGGACGUAAGGCGCAGAGUGGUGCCGAUCCUUUCUAUACCACCCCGGAGUACAAAAUCGUCCAAUGCCGGGAUGUCGGAUAUGAAGAAAUGACGGAGGAGCUGGAUGCAAAGAUCGAUGUAACGAUACCGCGCCUGCUGAGAGUAGUCAUCACGUUGCCAUUGCUGAAAUCGGCAUCCGAUUGUGCGUUGGACGUCACGAAGACGGCGCUGCAUUUGGUCAGCGAGAAGCCGGCACGGUACAAGCUUGAGCUGAAGCUGCCAUACGAGGUGAAGGAGAACGAAGGAACGGCCAAGUUUAACGUGGACGAGAAAACUCUGUCGAUCACGUUGCCCGUGCUUCGCAGCCGUGCGAUCACUUUGCAGGAUAUCAACGAAGUGAGAGGAAACGCCCAAUCGGAGACGAAGAUUGUCGAGCCGAUAGAGGAGGAACCCCCGAAGAAGGGCCAGGAACAAAUCAUCAAACCCACCUCGCAAUUAGUCACUGCCGCCACACAACCGGCGAGGAAGACCGUGUUCCCCAAAUUUUCGGUCAACAAAAUGGAGAACAUCUUUGCCUUCACGCUGUGCGUGCGCAACGUUGAUCCUGCGACCGUUGAGCUGGACAACCGGACGGAUUCCGUGUACUGCCGGUUCACGAACGUGGGCAACGGAUUCUUUCCCUGCUAUUACGUGUUUUUCGUGCGUUUCCCCAAUGCACAGGUGGUGGAAGUGCAGCACGAAGAGUGGGACAACAAUCUCAUCAUUCAAAUAACGCUCAACACGGCAACCAUUGGCUCGUAUCAGGCUGGCCCCAGUGAACAUGAGACGGCGGAAUACUCCAUCAUGGAGGACAUAACGGAUAAGAUAAACAAAUUCGGGAAGGAGAUCGAAGACGACAGUCUGUGUAUAGCAGUGGUGCGCCAGGAGAAGGGAAAGAAGAAGCCGAUGGCCGGACUGAGCAUCGAGAUAUCCAAGAAGAAUGCGGAUGAGCGUGAGGAUCAGCGAGAUGAAGAGAGCUGCUGUGAAGCGGCAGCCCAGCCGGAAGAGGAGCCCGCUUGUGGAACGUCGGUCGAUGAGGGUGAUGAUAAGGAAACGGAUGCGCAGAUAAUGUUGAAAGCGAAACGUAAUGCUCGGAAAAAGAACAAAAAGCGCUCGUUGUCGGAAUCGUUUUGUGAUCAUCUGAAGGUGAUAGUCGAGAAUGAGUCGAUCGGUCAGUCUAGUGACCACCCGAUGGCAAAGGGAGGAACCGAGGGUGCAACGAACGGUGCUAGCGCACCAAUCGAAGCGCCCAAUUCCGGUAGUAAACCACGGAAGGUCCGUAGCGUGUCCGAAUGUUGCCAGGUAGAAGGAUCGGAAGCAUGCGAUGAAUCGGAACCUUCGCUCUCGUUUACGCGUAAACUGAAAGGGAUCCUCAAACGGAGCUCAUUCGAUCGUACCAUCAGCGAGUGCUCGUCUGUGGACGAUCUGGGAACUUCGGUUGAGUUGAGCUUCCCGGGUUCGAUCGGUGAGGAGUGCCGUAAGACCGUCCGUUUCAACGAUGCCAUUCGUAAACAACUAUUCCGAUCGAACUCGUGCAUCCUGCGUCAGAAGAAGAAAUCGCAAAAGAAAAGGGAACAAAAGCAACGUGCCACGGUGCGGCGCAUGAGUGAAGGCGAGAGUACGGAUAAUGAUGAAAAGGACUUGAUCGGGCACGAUGGUGGCCAUUGCUUGGGCGAUGGCGGUGAGAACGAAAUGGUGGAGAAUGAUAGUGGCGUAUCGUUCGAUUCGGAGUCGGGAGAGAAGGACGCUGUCGGUGAACCGGAAACGGGUGGCAUCCCGAUGAAGGCUGGAAGUAAAAAGGCGCCCAAGAGCCGGAAAAAUAACCAAGCCAAGGGUGGCAAGCCGAUGGCGACGAUGGACGGCAAGGGAUCGCGGAACAACAAGGCGGGUGCGGAUGUGCAGAACAUCGAAUUCAAAAGUGAUAUGAUUUUCGAUAUCGAAAUGUAAUUGAUUGAUUUGGUUUUGUUUUUGUCGAAACACAAAUAUUGUGCGUUUAGUGCUUAUAUUAUCCUACUUCUUAUUGAACUGCGAUGCAUGUUAAGCGUCGGUAGACUACAUAGAAAUAUUUUGAAUAAAUACCUAUUAUCCCAGAA